UAAGCGUCUGGUAACAGAGAAUACACGCCGCCAUUGUUGUUGAUUUUUUUUCCAUUAAAAAUAGUUUUUACACCGAAUUACUGUUUUAAAAUUGCCAUAAACUUACAAAAUGUUCCCAGGAUGGCAACCUAUGCAACAAGCUUUCAUUCAGCCGCAAUAUCAAAUGAUACCCAUGCAGCCGCAGCAAGGAUGGAUGCCCCCCGGAAUGCCCAUGCAACCUAUGAUGGGUGGGGUACCUCCAGGUCAGAUGCCUGCACAGUUGCCACCGCCACCGGGAGAAGAAAAUCCACCAUUACCACCAGAGCCUCCACCUGAUGAUGGAUCUGAAGAUACUGAAUUGAAGCCCAAAGAUCCACUAGAAGAGAGAAAGUUACAGAACUUGAAGAAUCAAGCUGCUCAAUGGCAACAGAAUUUACAGAUGCAACAACAGUGGGGACCACCUGGUGCUCCAAUGAUGGGAUUUCAGACUCCAUUAGAUUUAAUCAAGAAAGAGGAAGAAGACUUCAAUGCACAGUAUGAGCAGUGGAGAAAACAGUACGACGACUGGAGGGAACAAAAUAAGUCUCAUCCAAACAAGGAUCAGUAUAAUCAGUAUUUACAACAGUGGCAGACAUACGAGAAGCAGAUGGAAGAGAAGAAGGCAGAUAUACAGAGAAGAAAGGAAGAAGCAAAAAAACAGAUGAAAGAACAAGAGAAAGCUGCAGCUAAAGGGCAACCGUUUCCGAAUGCUCCACCUCCGGGAAUGAUGGGUAUGGGGCCUGGACCUCGAUUUGGUGGACCACCACCUCCUGGUCCACCACCAUUUGGUGGUCCCCCACCCCAUGGACCACCAGGAAUGGGACCUAGACAUCCAAUGGGGCCGCCCCCUGGAUCUAUGCCACCCCCUGGAUCUAUGCCGCCCCCUGGAUCUAUGCCACCCCGUGGACCUAUGCCACCUGGAGCUCCUAGGGGACCAUUUACAGGUCCUGGAGUUCCAGGCCCAGUCAGUGGUGCACCCCCAACCUCUGGGCCUCCAGGAGGGCCACAUAUGUCUGGACCGAGGGGACCACUUGGUCCUGAUCAACAAACACCGCCUGAAGAUUCUGGCCCUCCUGGUCCGAGACCUCCCAGUGACAAUAUGGGCAGGGGAAGAGGUCAGUUUAUGGGAGGAAGAGGCAGGGGAGGAGGAGGAAUGAAUGAUUUUGGACCUGGAGCAAAUAGUGGCAGGCCAGAUCAUCAAGAACAAAAUGAUAAAAUGGAAAUAGAAAAUGAUGUAACUGAUGUAUGUGAAGAGACAGUUCAUAGAUUAUUCGAAGAUUUAAUGAAUUCAGAUAAUCCGAGAGUGAAUAAGAUGAUGCUGAAGCAGAUUAAUGAUGAUGGUAAAGACAUGCUUAUAAAGCUAGAACUUGCUGCAAAAGUAUUUAUAAAGAAUUAUGUCAGUAUGAAUCCAGCUCAGCUGAAUAAAAUGGUAAAAGUUAUAAAUAACAUUGGUGACGAGUCAGUGAUGUUGAAAAAAAUGGGUGGUGUGUCACCAGCAAUUUUAAAUCGUAUGAAAAACGAAAUACUAGAUGAAAUGAGACGCUUUGGUAUAUCAGUUCCCGAUGUCGGUCCAGUUGGGCGAGGAAGACCAAUGCCAAUGGGCAUAAAUGAACCUGAUGUUGGUAGGGGUAGGGGUGGACCUCAGAGGGGUGGAAUGCAGUUUUCUAGGGGUAGGGGUCGAGGUAAUUUCCAAGGAAACAGAUUUGGCGGAACUAAUGAUUUUGAGGAUGAGGGAAGUGACCUAGACAUGGGAGGUGGUCAGUUUGGUAAUGAUGGUUCAAAUAAGCCUCCAGGACCAGACAAAAAAGGUCCUGUUUCAUUGUUUGACUUAGAAUUCAGUGAACCUCCUGCAAUGAAAAAGUUGGGGAAAGUUAACGAGAAAAAUAAUCAAGGACAAUUUAACAAAACGGAGGAAACAGAAGGAUCUCCGGGCUUUGGUCAGGGUCAACAGCCCACCAGUGCAAUGGGGAGAGGUGGCCGAGGAAUGGGUCCGAGAGGACCUCGGCCAUUACUGGGUCAACAAAUGAUGAGGCCUGGGAUGCCUCCACCAGGAUUCAUGGGGAACAUGGGACCAAGGGGUAACAUGGGGCCUCAUGGUAUGAUGGGCCCUAUGGGAGGAAUGAGACAUCCGUCACAAAUGGGAAUGGGUCCGCCUAAUCAACCAGAAGUGUUCCAGGGUGAAGUUUUCGAUUCUCCUCCAGAAGAAGAGAAACCAGUUGUUACAUCAACACCACAGUCAUCAUUAUCAUCAUCAGUCACAUCAUCAUCAUCUACAACAGAUACAGCGACAACGUCAUCAACAACUACGACCUCAUCUGCCACAUCAGCACAAGUCAAACAGGAACCCAAAGUUGAAAUAGAUAAAAAGCAAGAAAAUAAACCCAAAGAUAGUGGAACUAAAGAGAUAAAGUCUUUACUUGACAUAAAAACAACAGAGUUCAGAAAAGAAUUUAAACCAGAAAUUAAGGAAGAAGUUAAACAAGACAAUUUCCAAAGUCAGCCAACAAGUCAAGAUAGUAAAUUUCACGCCAGGAGGCCUGAACCUCCACCUCGAAAACCAGACUUUCAAGGGCAAGGGGGACAAUUUGAACAACAAAAUGAACAGAAUACACAAAACGUACCUGGUGGGCCCCGGUUUCCUAACUUCCAGAAUCAGAAACUGCAAGACAAACAGCAAGAAAGGGAUAGGAACCAAAGGGGCCAGUGGGGAAGAGAACAAAAUCAUAGCCAGGAAAGAGAAGAAGAAUUUAAUAGAGGAUUCGAUAGAGGGCGUGGUAGAGGACGUGGCAGGGGUUUUGACCAAAAUAGGGGAUUCAAUAGAGAUCAAAAUGAUGGCAAUAGAUUUGGUCGAGAUAGAAGUAUUGAAAGAGGCAGAAAUGAUCCCUGGGGACAGCAACAGCAGUUUAAUGAACAAGAUCAGUAUGGUGAUCAGGAGCAGUUUGAAGAACAAGGCCAGUUCGGAGGUCAAGAAAAGUUCAAGGGUCAUGGGCAGUUUGGAGGUCAAGAGCAGUUUGAAGAUCAAGGUCAGUUCGAAGAUCAAGGUCAAUUUGAAGGACAAGGGGAGUAUGAGCAAUUGGAAAAUGCUGAAUAUGAAGAGAACCCUGAAGGUCCAUUUUAUCAGGAGGAUCCAAACUUUCAACCAGAAGCUGAGGUACCAUUUCAAGAUCAAGGAGAGGAGCAAGGCUUUGGGCAUGAUCAGUUUAAUGCUGGAGACCGGUUUAGAGAGGAAAGAAUACCCCCACCUCUAGAUGACAGAUUCAGGGACGAGGACAGAGGUAGAGGUAGAGGUCUGUAUGGUCGAGAUGAUCCAGCACUUAGAAGGGAUGACCCCUAUUCCAGGUAUCCCUAUAGAGAUCCUUACAUGGAUCGACAUGACCCCUAUUGGGAUAGAAGAGACCCAUAUGCUAGACCUGAUCCAUACAGAGAUCCAUAUGACCCAUAUGCUAGAAGACCUUACGAUGACCCAUACAGGCGUGGUUAUGAUGAACGCUUCGAUCCGUACAGCAGAGGUCCACCUCCCCCUGACCCUGCCGAGAGAGGUCUGUUUAAACCAGCAGAGACUAUAGACUAUGGUCACAAACCUACAAAUCAAGACAGAGAGGAAGAUCAAGGCUACCAGGCUCCAGCUGUGAUAGACUAUGCACAUGGUCAGUCGUCAGACAGUAAUUUCCCUCCCAGAGGAGUACCACCUACUUCAUCAUCAGAUAAUUAUAGCCAAAGAGCCCCGCCUCCUAUGGACAGGAAAUUUCCAUCUCCGUUCAUCAGUAGAAAUCCUCCAGGUCCCCCUCCUGGACCCCCACCAGGGCCUCCACCACCUAGACCAGAACCAAAAAUUGAGGUUGUUAAGGUUGAAGACAUAUUGUGUCUACCUGGCCGAUCAAGCAGGCCACAGCAAAUUGUUGUUAUUGUAAGGGGUUUGCCAGGCUCCGGUAAAACUUACGUCAGUAAACUUAUAAAGGACAAAGAGGUAUCAAAUGGUGGCAGUGCUCCCAGAAUGUUGUGCCUGGAUGAUUACUUCAUGAUAGAAGUUGACAGAAUUGAGAAGGAUCCUGAGACAGGAAAACGUGUGAAGAAGAAGGUUCUGGAGUAUGAAUAUGAAGCGGAGAUGGAAAGUGCAUAUAGACAGAAUAUGCUGAAGAGCUUUAAGAAGACAAUAGAUGAUGGGUUCUUUCCGUUUAUUAUUGUGGAUGCUGUCUUUGAUCGAAUCAAACACUUUGAAGAGUUCUGGAGCUAUGCAAAAUCCAAGGGCUUCCAGGUAUAUGUUGUUGAGCUACAGUGUGAUGCGGCCGUCUGCUCAAAGAGAAAUACUCAUAAACGUACACAAAGAGAGAUUGAAAAGCUACAGAACAAAUGGGAAGAUACUCCAGGACACUACAUAAAGUUGGAUAUCAGAUCUUUGCUGCAGGAAGAUUCUAUUACAGAGGUUGAAAUGGAGGAUAUGGAGAGUGGAUCAGGAGCUGCUGCACCCAAGAAGCCCAGUACAGAGGAGGAGGAGGAGGUAGAGGCUGUGCCAUUCAAGAAAAGUAAAUGGGAGUUAGAUUUAUCAGAAGGAAAUUUAGACAAACUGGAUGGUUUGAAACAUGACAAGAAAAAGCACCCGCACAUGUCUUCAAAAGCCUCGAUGGAAGAUCUCUUGCAGGUGGCUGAUGAAUACUUUGCUAGACAGAUGAGGGAGCCUGGAAAGAAAAGGGUGAGAUGGGCUGAUUUAGAGGAGCAGAAGGAGUCGGCAUAUCGUCGAGAUGUUGGCUUUGUUGUUGGUCAGACCCAGCAGGACUGGCAACGAAUGACAGAUCCACACUAUGCUGAGAGGCAGCUGAACAGAACAAAAUAUUUCUGAAUGUUUGCAAGUCGACGUUUGUAAGAUUACUUACUGUGUGAAAGAUGAAAUUGUGUGUAACAUGUGGAGCAGAAUUACCAAAGACAGUGCAGGGUCUGCUGUUUUCGGGCUUAAAGGACAAUACUUAUGUUAUGGAUGGGACGGGAUGAGAGAAUAUCAAGAAGUCUUCGGGCUCUCUUAUGCCUACUUAAAGGAAUUUUAUAUGUGUAAUAAUUCCAUUUUUGACAUAAAGUGGUCUCUCUGAUAUUUCAAUAGUUAUAAACAUUGCCAUUUAUUUUAUAUAUUUUGAAAAUCAAGUUUACUAUAACUUGUAUCUAGCCAUUUUCCAACUGAUUUCAAGAGAGGUAGUAUUUCAUAUUACUUUCAGAUCUGAGUGAGAAUGAUAUGUUUCACCGAAUGUGUUUUAUAGAUUUUAUGUAAAUGCAUAUGUGACAGUAUUUUCCAUCAAAGAAUGUGUAUAAAUAAAUUGCUGUUAUAUAUAAAUAUUACUUUGUAAUGGGUAUUUAGAAAUCUAAAAUAAGGGUUAUAAGAUCAAACUGUAGUAUUUCAAGAUUGUAUACUUUCAGUGGUGGCAUAUCAUGAUUUUUUUUUUUUUGCGUCACUAGAUUUCUUCAAAUGAGCAGAUGAUUUAUAUAUCGCCAUCUUUUGCCAUUUUUAUCUGCCUAAGAGGAGGCACUGGAAUACUUUAAUAGUUUAUUUACUUUUUCAUAGAUUUUAUGACUGUUGAAUAUUUUUAAAGAGAAAGAGUAAACUGGUCAAAAUACACUUACCAAAUUUUUUCACAUGACCGCUUGAUUGUCAUUAAGAUUGAAUAUUUGUAAAUAUAUGCUAUGAAUUCUGUGUUUACAUGAAAUUUCAACAUUAACUCUUCUUGCACAAGUGACAAGGGUCAUACUUCCAGUAUCAAAAAAGAAACCACCAUAUUAGAUCGGAUUGGAUGAAUAAUGAUCAAUGAAUCGCAAAAUAUUUACAUACAGUUUGAAAGAAUGAAAUAUUUACCAUAAAUAGAUGUUGCAUUUUUACUAAACAAUUAAUUUCUGAAACGAAAGGACUUUUAAACUUUUGGAUGUAAAACUAGAGGUUCUUUCAUACAUCAAAAAUACUAAUAAAAAUGGAAUCACAAUUUCAGAAUGGAUAAAUAAGAAUAAAUUUGGAAUAUUAGCAUAACUAGUUCCUGUAUUUUAUUGAUUUCAGACCAUUUGUUUAAAGAUCAUGAAAAAAAAAUGAGUGAACAUAAAGGGAAAACUUUUGAAUAAUCGUUUUAAUCAUGUAUGCGAAAUUGUAGAUGUUGUGCUGUAGUUGAAUAAAAGUGUAGUGUUGUU